AUGAGGCGUGGCUUUGGCCAGGUUUCUGCCCCAUGUCGGGGUCAAGGGCAAGAGGAGGAGGAGGAGGAGGAGGAGGAGGAGGUGGCGGUACUGGUUGUCAUUAUUUCAAGCCUGGGCCCGAGGUGA